CCUCAUUUCCCUCCCUUUUUUUUUCGCUUUAUCAAUCAAAUAAUGGAUUUUUCUGAUGAAGACUAUGGUACGCAACUGUAUAAUAAAGGCAUAUACUUCUUCAACAAUAAGAAAUACAUAUCGGCCUUAGAGUCUUUUGUAGACGCUGCAAUGCUGUAUGAUGAUCCGAAGUCUCAAUAUAAGUUAGGGAUGAUGUAUAAAGAAGGAUAUGGAGCCGUACAAGACUAUAGCAAAGCAUUAUCAUGGCUUACGAAAGCUUUGGAAAACGGCCAAGAAAUUGCAACACUGCUUAUCGGACUGAUUUAUUAUCAUGGCGGAACAGGGGUUGAUAGAAAUUACACAAAAGCAUUGCAUUGGUUUCUGGAAGCCAAUAAUUUUAUCUUUUAUGAAGAUAAAAGCACUAUCAGAUAUAGUGCAUCAGUACAAUAUUUUACUGCCCUUAUCUACCAAAAGGGAUACUGCACCUCUGUCGAUUAUUCUUUGGCUCUGGAAUGGUUCAUGAAAGCUGCAGCGAAUGGUAAAAAAUCUGCCAUGUACGAAAUAGGCAUGAUGUACCUCAACGGAGAAGGUGUUCGAAAGCAAGACGAUGUAGCCUGUCAGUGGCUGACAAGAUCGGCCGAGCUAGGGUAUCUAUCAGCACAGUUAUGCCUAGGUAUUUUCUAUUACGAGACUUCUACUCCGUGCGACUAUAAACAGGCAAUGCAUUGGUUUCAAAACGCUGCCGAUGUAUACUCUCAUAGACGUAAAAAACAGCUUAAAGGGUGUUAUGUAGCACAGUAUUACAUUGGAAUAAUUUAUCUACGAGGGCACGGUGUUUAUGUUGAUUACGAAUUGGCCUUGCAAUGGUUCGCAAAAUCUGCCGAAAAUGGUCAUUUUUUAGGCAAAUUCGAGUUGAGCUUGAUGUACUUUAAAGGACAAGGCGUUCCAAAGCAGGAAAAAUUGGCUGUUCAGUGGCUUACGGAUCUGGCAGGUCUAGGUCAUGUAGAAUCCCAGGUAGAGCUAGGCUGUAUUCAUCUCCAAGAGACUUCAUCAUUCUGUGAUUUCGAAACAGCCAUGAGUUGGUUCCAAAAGGCUGCAGAUAACAAUAAUAAUGCCCAGGCCCAGUUUAAUAUCGGAUGGAUGUAUAGAUACGGCUUGGGCGUUGAAAUCAAUCAUGAGAUUGCCUUUCACUGGAUUGAAAAGUCUGCAAAUCAAGGGUAUUCAAUGUCCCAAAAUAUGCUGGGUGAAAUGUACAGUAACGGCCGUGGUACAACACAGGAUUUAAACGAGGCUGUGCUUUGGUUUAGAAAAUCCAUAAAAAAUGACCAAAACGCAAUUGCUCAGUAUAAUUUAGCCUAUUGCUACUUCACAGGAGGGGAAGGUGUUCCUAUUAACGAAAAUACAGCCCUUAUAUUUCUUCGGAAAUCAGCAGCGCAAGGAUAUAGCGAGGCUCAAAAUGAAUUAGGCGUAAUGUAUUGUGAGGGAGAGCUUGUGGAACAUAAUUAUGGGAAAGGCAUGAUGUGGUUUCAAAAAUCCAUUGAGCAUGAAAAUAAUAGCAGUGCCCUAUGCAACAUUGGUGAUCUGUAUUACAGUGGUUUAGGUGUUGAAAAAGAUGUCAGUUUGGCUUUGUCUUACUAUACUAGAUCGGCUAAAAUGGGCAACGAAGAUGCCAUUCGGAUAUUGAAACAACUACAGCGUACUAGUGAUACUUUAGUAAACAACGACAUCAAAGAUAUAAAUCCUCAUGUAAUGAAGUCAUUCAAGAUUAAUUUACAUAACGAUGCUUACGGAUCAGAUAUUAUGCAGAGAAUAAUAGAAGGCAUAAAAAGUUUUUGUGUCGAAGACAGACAUACCGUCAUACUCGAAACCGAAGAGGAGAGUGCAAGAUUCUUUUAUAUCGAAGAUCCAAGCAACGCCAUGGAUGAUAUUAGAAAAGAAUCACCCAAAUUCUUUUAUGUGGAAGACACAAGUAAAUUUUUUCAUGUAGAGGAUAUGAGUGCUACAUUUGUUGAAAGGAAAAGGAAAGGGGUACAAUUUUUGGAUUAAUGAAAUGUCAAAUAAAUCUAUUGCUAGGACUCAUGAAUAGACCAAGAGUCAGCUACCGUCCAUUGGUAGAAAUGUUAUUUGUAAGCUACUACCAGCAUUAUGUGAUGUACUAGUC